UCCAAACUUCUGAGGAGAGAACGAGAGAGGAGAAAGACAAAGACAAUAAGACGGAGAGGAGGCAGAGGAAGGAGGGAAGGUGAAUCUUAAACAGAAGAAGACUUUUCUUUCAUCAACCAGGACUGAAUUUUUUUGGUUAGACACUUUCAGACAAAACUCGACUUUCUUCAUUUUUUCUGACUCCGCCUGAGCAUCCACAUCCGGCAGCAUCACCAAAUCCAGCCUGGCAGCCAGUCAGGUGACUCCUGCCAUCAUGUCUGUCUUACCUCUGCUCAGCUGGACCGUCCUGCUGCUGGUCCAGAACUGCGGCUCGUUCUUGGACCCGGCAUCCAAACUUCAGCCUCUGCCACUCUCACUGACCAUCCAUCCUCACCACCAGCCGCUGCCGGAUGCUGCCUCCAGCUCCCACUGCCCCUCCUGCGCCCUGGCCAGGAUGAGGAGAAAUGAAGGGGGCACGUCGGAUGACAUGGUGGCACAUGACCAAGAAGACGAGGCGGCCCAGCAGGAUGUGGUGGAAGCGGUGAAGAGGCACAUCCUCAACAUGCUGCACCUCCAAGCCCGGCCGAACAUCACGCGGCCUGUGCCGCGCGCCGCGCUCCUCAACGCCCUGCGCAAGCUCCACGUGGGGCGAGUGGCAGAGGACGGCAGUGUGCAGAUCGAGGGGGAGGAGGAGGCGCGAGGGCGGGGAGGUCGAGGAGGAGGGGGAGGAGCGGCCGCGGCAGCAGUUCGGACAGGAGACAGCGCAGACGUGCAGGAGACGACGGAGAUCAUCACCUUUGCCGAGGCUGGUGACUCUCAGGGAAUGGUGAACUUCAUCCUCUCUAAAGAAGGAAGUGAUCUCUCUCUGGUGGAGCAGGCAAAUGUCUGGCUGUUCCUCCGUUUGGCGAAGACAAACCGCAGCCGUGCAAAAGUCACCAUCCGCCUCUUCCAGCAGUGCCGGCUACCCAAUGGACGCUCGUCUUUGCCGCAGGAUGACAUUCUCCUGGCGGAGAAAACUGUGGACACACGUCGCAGUGGCUGGCACACCUUCCCGGUGUCAGCGGCGGUGCAGGCACUGCUGGAGAGUGCCGAGAGCACGACGCUGAGCCUCAGGGUCUCCUGCCCGCUCUGCGCAGAUGCUGGUGCAACGCUGGUCCUGGUCUCCAGUGGCUCUGAGACAUCACAGCGCGCCAACCAGCGGGAACAAUCCCACCGGCCCUUCCUCAUGGCCGUGGUUCGGCAGGAGGACGCCAGUGACUCACGGCGGCGCAGGAAGCGUGGGCUGGAGUGUGAUGGGAAAGUCCGUGUCUGUUGCAAACGGCAGUUCUACGUCAACUUCAAAGACAUUGGCUGGAACGACUGGAUAAUUGCGCCCCCCGGUUACCACGCCAACUACUGUGAAGGGGAGUGCCCCUCCCAUGUGGCGAGUAUCACCGGGUCCACGUUGUCCUUCCACUCCACUGUCAUCAGCCACUAUCGCAUGAGGGGCUACAGCCCCUUCCAGAACCUGAGGUCAUGCUGCGUUCCCACUCGGCUACGAGCCAUGUCCAUGCUCUACUACAACGAGGAGCAGAAGAUCAUCAAGAAGGACAUCCAGAACAUGAUCGUGGAGGAGUGCGGCUGCUCUUAAAUAUUAACAUCUGAGCCGGGUCGAUCCGGAACGAACUGGACUGGAGAGGUGCAGACAGGUGGAGGACUGUAGAACCCAGAGAGAGAGAGAGAUGCUGGGAGGAGAUGGAGGAAGGAGAGGAAGAUGAGCAGGUGACUUUGUGAGCAUUGUCACUUUUAUCUCCACCAUUUCAUUCUUCACCUCCUCCCUCCAUCUGCCCAUCACUUGGGGUCGCUCUCUUGGAACAAAAACUUGUCUCCGUCCUCAUUCAGCAGAACUCAGAAAGAGUCUCAAAGGCACUUUCAGAAAAAAAAAA